UCAAAAUCUUUCAAUCUUGAUUCAUUGAGAGCAAUCAAGAAUACAUCCAGUGAUUAAACAUGGGAGUGGAAACAACAAUAGCUAAUUAUUUGGGAGUAGCUUCCGGAAGUCUGGGUUGGUUUUUUCCAGCUUUGGCAAUGGCUUUAGCUUAUUUUCAAUAUGAAGUUAUGGAUAAAGAAUCACAGCCUAUUGAUAUGCCUUUUGAAUUAUUACUUCCCUCUUAUGAUUUCAUUGUUGUUGGGGCUGGAUCUGCAGGUGCUGUUGUUGCUAGUCGUCUUUCAGAGAUUAAUAACUGGAAUGUUUUAUUAUUAGAAGCAGGUGGAGAUGAAACAGAAAUUUCUGACGUUCCUCUAUUAGCUGGUUAUCUCCAACUUAGCAAGUUAGAUUGGAAAUAUAAAACAGAACCAUCAGGAGAUGCUUGCUUAGCAAUGGAACAAGGUCGAUGUAACUGGCCAAGAGGAAAAGUUUUAGGUGGUAGUAGCGUUUUAAAUUACAUGUUGUACCUUCGAGGCAAUAGAAAAGAUUAUGAUAUAUGGGAACAGCAAGGAAAUCCUGGUUGGGGUUCAAAAGACGUUCUUUACUAUUUUAAAAAGUCCGAAGAUAAUCGUAAUCCGUAUCUUGCUAGAACAAGUUAUCACUCUACUGGUGGAUAUUUAACAGUUCAAGAAGCACCCUGGAGGACUCCGCUUGCUACCGCUUUUGUUGAAGCAGGUCGAGAAAUGGGUUAUGAAAUUCGAGACAUUAAUGGCGCACGUCAAAGUGGUUUUAUGAUUGCUCAGGGAACGAUUAGAGAUGGGAGUCGUUGUUCAUCUUCAAAAGCUUUUCUACGACCUGCAAGAUUACGUCAAAAUCUUCACGUUUCUCUCAAUUCACAUGUGACUAGAGUUCUUAUCGAUCCAAGAGAUAAAAAAGCGUAUGGAAUAGAAAUGGUGAGAAAUGGAAAAAUUACAACAAUUAAAGCCAGCAGGGAAGUUAUUCUAUCUGGAGGAUCAGUCAAUUCUCCACAGCUGUUAAUGCUUUCAGGAGUUGGGCCCAAAGAUCAUCUUGAACAACUCGGAAUUCCCGUCAUACAAAAUGCACCAGUUGGACAGAACCUUCAAGAUCAUGUAGGACUAGGAGGAUUAACUUUUUUAGUUAAUCAACCGGUCUCAAUGGUUGAAAAUAGACUUCACACAAUUUCAUCGGUGAUGAGAUAUGCUAUCUUUGGUGAUGGUCCCUUGACUGUCCUUGGAGGUGUUGAAGGUCUUGCUUUUGUGAAUACUAAGUAUGUUAAUGCUUCUGAUGACUUCCCAGAUAUUGAACUUCAUUUCAUAUCUGGAUCAACAAAUUCUGAUGGAGGUAGACAAAUCAGAAAAGUCCAUGGAAUUACUCAGCGUUUUUAUGAUGCAGUAUUUGGACCAAUUAGUAAUAAAGACGUAUGGAGUGUCAUUCCAAUGCUUUUACGUCCUAAAAGUAAAGGAUUUAUUAAAUUAAGGAGUAAAAAUCCUUUUGAUUAUCCAUUGAUUUAUCCCAAUUAUUUUAAAGAACCUGAAGAUAUGGCAACAUUGAUAGAAGGAGUGAAAAUUGGUAUUGCUUUGAGUAGGACUGCAGCUUUUAAGAAAUUUGGAAGUGAACUGAAUCCAACACCUUUUCUGGGUUGUCAGCAUAUACCUCUUUACACAGAUACAUACUGGGAAUGCAUGAUUCGUCACUAUUCAGCAACUAUUUAUCAUCCAGUAGGAACGUGCAAAAUGGGUCCUCAUUGGGAUCCAGAAGCCGUUGUCGACCCACAGCUUCGAGUUUACGGUAUUUCUGGACUUCGCGUUAUUGAUGCAUCAAUAAUGCCUAAUCUCGUGAGUGGAAAUACAAAUGCUCCUACUAUUAUGAUUGGAGAAAAAGGUUCAGAUAUGAUUAAAAACUUUUGGCGUAAAAGAAGAUCAAGGAGAUUUUGAAUUUAAUUCUUUAUUAUUUUGUGAAUAGAAAAAUUUAAAAAAAACCUUCAGAGGUUAAAGACUGACCAAAUGUUUAAACUGACGUUGAGCGUCUAAUUAUAAUC